CUUUUUUGUUGAUCUUUGAUAAUGUUUACAUUUGCAGGACAUGUGGGUGUAGUGUUUGUGUACGAUGGAGAAGCUAAGAUUGAACAAUGAGAUAGUGUCUAUGAGACACAGUGUCAGGAAGGCCCAAGUGCACAUUGUUCAUAGACUGACCAGAGAAAUUAACAAACUUAAGAAUAGGAAAGGUAAUGAAAAACAAGUUGAAAAGUGUAAAAGGAAAGCAGAAAGACUUAUAGAAGAACUACAAAAUAUAAAGAAACUUAAAGAAGAUGAUGUUUCGAAGUUUGCAAUCAAAAAUACUAGAGAACUACAAGAAAUAUUGACUGAUCUGCAGUCAUCCUGUCUUGAGCGUGCCCUUGGACGACUGGCUUGUCAUCCUGAUGUGGAGGCACAUGUACGGAAACUACGAUCUGAACCUGUUGACUGGGUAGCACUUCUAGAUGAUCUCGGAUCUCAGACAAAACUGAAGAAAAAGAAGAACAAGAAGCAAAAGACAAAACAAAAUGAAAAUCUGCAAAAAUAUGAGCCUGGGAGGUUUGUCAGGAUAAGGCAUACUUCUAGCAGUGAAGACCUUACCUCUGAUGUGGUAAUUAGUGAGGAAAUUGAGACAUCAGAUGAGGUAAAAUGGGAUCAUAACAUUAAAAAACCUAAUAUAUAUCCAGAUGCAGCUGUAGGUGUUAAUAACUCAGUGAAGAAAAAUAAAAGUAAACCUAAAAAUACUAAUCCUGUGGCAUCUGAUGUUCCUCAGCGUUCUGUAAAAAGGAAAAAAGUUGCAAGUGAAGAAAAUGUUUCAUCUGAUGACAAUAACAAUUUCAGUGAAUCAUCAGACCAAGAGAGAGAACAUUUGUCUGAUGAAAGAGUCAUAAGAUCUGCUACCAGUGAAAACUUAAAAUCAUUAGAGCCGGAUCCCUUUUUCUUAACAGAUGAAGGAGAAUAUUUAAGCAGUAUUGUAAAAAGUGAAAGUGUAAACAGUGAAGAACAGACUAUGAAAAAACUUGGAAAUUCUAGCAGCAGAGUGUCUACAAAAUACCCCAAGAUGAAUAGAAAUCAGAAAGCCAAAAAUGCCUUUAAUGAUGAGUUACGAGGUCCAUUGAGAGUAGCAGAUGAAUAUAGACACAUGAAUGAGGGAAGAAGAACAGGAAUGGAGAAAGAGAGGAAAAGAUUCCAAGGGGAACCUCUCAAGAGAAAGCAUACACUCAACACCCAUAUUAAGAGACAAAACACAGAACUGAAAACCAGCCAGAAUGAUGCAGGAGUAUCACUACAUCCAUCUUGGGAGGCAAAAAAGAAAAUGCAGCAGCAACAGCUGAAUAUUCAUGCAUUUCAAGGAAAGAAGAUUAAAUUUGAUGAUGAUGAUGAAUGAAAAUAUGUGGAAUGUUGUAACUAAUAAAAUGUGUUACAUAAAAUGUUUUUGAUACUUUGAUGAGGUUGGGGUACUACUGGAAGUUUGAUGACAUAUCAUUAUUUUACAUAUUUCAGAUGUGGCAACAAGACAAUAUGAGGGUAAAGGAGAAUUAAUUGUAAAGGAAAGAAAGAAUAUCAGGUUGAUCAAACACAUUUCUCUUAACUGUCUGAGUAGUGAACCAAGUGGAAGAUCAUUUUGUUUAAUAUGUGAAAAAUAGAAAAAGUUUUCGCAUCUUGCGUCACUGUAGACAGCACAAAGUUCCUCACUGUAGUAGACCAACAUAUUUGGCAUUGUUGAAAACAGUUAUUAGUCUGUUGCUAAUUAUUAAUUAUUUGCAAAUGGGCAGAUUUUAUGCAGCAUGACGGUCAACAGUUAUGUAACAUUUGCAUUCCACUUACAAGCACUGUGCCACACAGCAAGAGCUUCCAGAAUUGUUAUCACCUCUAAACAGAGGAGCUGAAAGGAUGCAUUACACAAAAGGUAAAAUGUACCCUUGCUUCCUCAAAACAGCAAACUAAAUUCUCAUGUUUACCCAUAGUAAGGUGUGAUGUUUUUAGAAAGCUGAAUUCUAAGGAAGUGUUCAGCAAUAGAUUGUUGCACAGCUAUUUCCACACACCACAUGAGUUACACUAAACACUUGCAGUGCACUGUGACCUGAUCAUUGCCAUGUACGUGUCCUGUAGGCUGCCAGUAUCACAAAACUAGUCACUAGCCCUGCAACUGCCUUACAGGCACCACCAGGCGGCGAUUUAUGACGAUUUCGUUUGUGUGAUAGUGUCAGGCAAUUCAUUUUGUAUAUUUGGUGAUUUACUUAGUUUUUCAGAAGUGAUGGAUAAGCUUAUUACAUCACAAGAAAAUGUCCACAAUACAAAGAGGAGGUAUUUGCAGAGUUAAGAGUUUCUGACGACUUGUAACAUAAUUACAGCUUGCGUUAAAGAGUCAAUACGCAAAGAACUGUUGGGUAAUAUUGCCAGCUCCAAAGAAUUGCAAUUUAUACAAAAGUCAGACAUGCCACAAUAGUAUGUAUCAGAAAGGAGUGUGAAAAUAAACCACAUUGUUUACUGAAAUCGCCAAGAGAGGGUGCUAAGAAGCAAUUGUUACAGGCAGUUUUACAAAAUUGGUAACUUGAUAAAUGCUGUUGGACUUUCAUAAAAAUCAAAAAAUAGUGUCAACAUUACGCAAAUUACUUACUGCUGUAAAACAGAAAAUUCAUUUUUCUUUGCAGAAAGAUGUUUAGCCAAUGACACUGCAUGAACUGAGAUUUAUCUGGAAGAGAAGUGUUGGUAAAAGGAAGAUUUUGGUAGAGAGAACUGAUGUAACUGACUGGUGAUGCAAGUACUUUAUGCAAGUAAGGAAGUUAAGUGAGCAAGACAAAGUUCUUUAUAUUGAUGAAGCUUGGGUGGAGAACAACGUUAAUAAUCGACAAAUCGUGGACAGUUAGUGGCAGAAACAUAAUUAUUGUUGUCUGUAUAGGAUCUGAUGCUGGUCUUGUGCCCCAUAGGACUAUCACAACAAAAUGAACCUAAGAAUUAUUUUGGAUUGGAUUUAGGCUGAAAUAGAUAUGAAUCUACCUGUCACCAGCAUUACUGCUAUGGACAGUGCUUCAUAUCGCAAUAAGUUUCAUAACAAAGCUCCCAAUUUGGCCCUUGAAUAAAAGGGGAAAUAAUUGAGUGGUUGUUAAAAAGUAAUAUGAUUGCUGACUUGUCAGUGAUAAAAACAACAAUAUUUCACUUAAUUGUACAAUUUAAGCAAAAAGACCAAGUAUUUAAAAUUAAUAAAAUAUUUGAAACCCGAGAACACACUGUGCUGCAGUUUCCACCAUACAACCGCAGCCUUAAUCCAGUUAAAGUGGCAUGGGCAAAGCUUAAAAAUGUUGUCAGAAGAAGAAAAAUUUGCAUUAUGAAGUUACUACAGUUGGUGAAAGAAGGUUUGAAAACUAUCACUCAGGAUGAGUGGAUUGCAUACUACCUGCACAUAGAGAAACUUAAAAAAGUGUGCUGUGUUCAGGAUGGUGUUAAGAAGAGAUAAUGCAAGUAGAUGCCAUAAUUAUUCAUUAGCAAUUGGCGAUGAUCAAGACAUAUUGUUGAAGAUGUCAUAUUUGGGCAAUAAAUAAUAUAAUU